AUGGGUUACGAAGACUCCGUUUACUUGGCCAAGCUCGCCGAGCAGGCUGAGCGCUACGAGGAGAUGGUCGAGAACAUGAAGAAUGUUGCAUCCGCCGACCAGGAGCUUUCCGUCGAGGAGCGAAAUCUCCUGUCGGUCGCCUACAAGAACGUCAUCGGUGCGCGCAGGGCGUCGUGGCGCAUUGUCACUUCGAUCGAGCAGAAGGAGGAGUCCAAGGGAAACAGCGCCCAGGUCGCUCUGAUCAAGGAGUACCGUGAGAAGAUCGAGGCCGAGCUUGCGAAGAUCUGCGAAGACAUCCUCGAGGUCUUGGACAAGCACCUCAUCCCCUCCGCUGAGUCUGGAGAGUCCAAGGUGUUCUACCACAAGAUGAAGGGUGAUUACCACCGCUACUUGGCCGAGUUCGCCAUCGGCGACAAGCGCAAGGAGUCGGCGGAGAAGUCGCUCGAGGCCUACAAGAACGCCACUGAGGUUGCUCAGACCGACUUGGCUCCCACCCACCCCAUCCGUCUCGGUCUGGCCCUGAACUUCUCGGUGUUCUACUACGAGAUCAUGAACGCCCCCGACCUUGCUUGCCACCUGGCCAAGCAGGCGUUCGAUGACGCUAUUGCCGAGCUCGACACCCUUAGUGAGGAGAGCUACAAGGACUCGACUCUCAUCAUGCAGCUCCUUCGGGACAACUUGACCCUCUGGACUUCUUCCGAGGCCGAGCCUGAGGCCGCCGCAGAGCCCAAGACCAACGAGAUGCCCGAUGCUCCUGCAGAGGCCAAGCCCGAAGAUAAAUAA